AAUAUACCCGAUUAUAUGUCGACAGAAAGCCGCAUAAAAAAGUCAUGAGAAUGGGUGACAAUAACGAAGGCGGUCUGGGUACCUCGAAGGACGAGCCCCAAAUGAACCAGGACGAGAUGAUUUUGGCGCAGCAGCGUCAAAUCGAGAAGGAAAUAUCCGACUCGAUUCCGCUGGUGGGAAGCUUGGAGCCGUUGGAGUCGUUGAACAAAGAGUAUCUCACUGACACGGUGUACUUGGAAAAAGUUAAGGAUCUGGCUAAAAAGUACAAGUUUAUGAGAAGGACGAGACCCGAUGGGAACUGCUUUUUCAGGGCGUUCAGUUACGCGAACGUUGAGAUACUUACCGGCAAGAAGGAGGAGUUCGAGGAGUUUUAUAAGCUCGCUGAAAAUAGUAAAAAUGCUUUAGUUGAGUUAGGAUUUCAGCAGUUUACUGUGGAAGACUUUUAUGACACUUAUAUGGAAGUUUUGAAGCGUAUUAAGACUGCCCCCACAGUAGAAGAGUCAAAAAAUGAACUGCAUACCUUAUUUAACGAACAAGGUUUCUCUGAUUACAUGGUUGUUUAUUUAAGGCUGCUUACUAGUGGACAGUUGCAAAAAGAGGAAGAUUUUUACAGCUGUUUUAUUGAAGGCCACAGAACUGUUGCUGAUUUUUGCCACCAAGAGGUGGAACCCAUGUACAAAGAGAGCGACCACAUCCACAUAAUCGCCGCGUGCGCAGCCCUGAACACGGGAGUCCGGGUGGUUUACAUGGACCGCGGUACCGGAAAAUCCUGCACCGAACACGACUUACCCGAAGGCUGCACCCCGACUGUGCACUUGUUGUACCGUCCAGGACACUACGACAUUUUGUAUCCAUAACGUAUUAGUGGAUUUUUGUAAAAAUGUUUUUUCAAUAAAGUUUAAGCUCCAUUCAACGAUAUCGUUCAAAAUUAUCAAAGACUUUUAAUUCCAUUGUGCAAAGUUAUACUUAAAUUUUGGAGGUAUA